AUGAGUGGUCAACUAAUUGGGCUGACGACGGUCCCUAGGCUGCUGCCCGUGACAGGGGCGUUUGCGCUCCCGUUCACGGUGUAUUACGCGUUCCUCAGCCUGCGGGUGGUGGGCGAGCGGCUCAAGGACAAGCACUACCUUGGGGAGAACUCGUCCAAGGCCAGCACGGACAGCAAGACGCGCAACGCCAACAAGCUGUACCUCGCGUCGCGGUCGCAUGCCAACUUUGUCGAGAACGUGCCGCUGGCAUUCGUGCUCGCGACGGCGGUGGAGCUCAACGGGGGCGACCGCAGGACGCUCGGGUGGCUUCUCGGGAGCUUACUGGUGCUGCGCGUGUUGCACGCGGAGCUGGGUAUCAUGCGGCCGGAGGGUAUGGGCCGCGGUAGGCCGGUGGGCUACUUUGGCAGCAUCGGGGUGAUCGGGACGCUGGCGGCCUACGGGGCAUACCUGGUCAAGGGCUACUGGGGGUACUGA